UCACCUCCUUUGCGUUCUUGACACCCAUACAUUUGCCACUUUGAAUUGACAGGCCUAUAACAAGCCUGCGACCCUACUAACAAGCUGAUCUCUUGCAUUGAUCAUUCUGGCGAGCUACAGCCUGCGCCUCUCGAUGAAGCGCGGUGCGCUUGACGGGUUCUUCAAACCGACAGCGCCUAAAAAGAUCAAGUACGAGACACCAACGGGCGCGUCGUGUCAUCAAUCUUACCCCAUCCCGAUUCCGCACUUGCCUGCCACGUUCACAGAGCAACUAGGCUUUGCGCCUGCCGAGGAAGGCGUAUUGAUGGAUGACAAGCUCGAUCUUGACCUCGUGUACUAUCAGCCAUACAUCCCGCCAGCUAUUACCACAGGACUGUUCGAGUUCUUGCGUCAAGAGUUGCCGUUCUAUCGAGUGCAGUAUACUAUCACACGUUUUGGCAAGACAUCUGAGAUCAACACGCCACGCUUCACCACAGUCUUCGGUAUAGAUGAAACCUGCCGAUUCGAUUCGAACGGCGAGAUCGUGGACACUCAGACAGGCAAGAGGGUCGAAGGCUCUCGGUUCAAAUGCAAACCUCGACCAAUCCCACAAUGCUUGGAUGAGCUGCGAAAGAUUACCGAAGGCACCACGGGUGAUAACUUUAACUUCUGCUUGGUCAACUACUAUGGCAACGGAAAAGACAGUAUAUCUUAUCACUCUGACGAUGAGCGUUUCCUCGGCCCAAACCCAUCUAUUGCGUCCUUUACACUUGGUGCAAAACGAGAUUUCCUGAUGAAGCACAAGCCUAUUGCACCGAAGGAAGGCGAAGCAACCACGGAUCCAGGACUGAUUAAAUUGCCUUUAGGCUCUGGGGACAUGGUACUUAUGAGAGGAAAGACGCAGUCAAUGUGGCUGCACAGCAUCCCAAAGAGAGCUGGUGUGGACGCGAACAAGGGAAGAAUAAAUAUCACCUUCCGCAAGGCGCUUUUCAAGAGCGGUACAGAGAAUUACUACCAGUACAACGUCGGUGUUGGUGGUUUUUAUAGGUGGGAUGCAGGGCAGGAAAAAAUGGUGUUGAGUGAAAAGAACAGAGAAGGCCAUCUCAUGGGGAAAUAGCAAAAAGGGAGAUAGCGUAAAUGGCAUCCGCAAGUUGCGGCUUGCUGCCAGGUAGACGUUUUGCUGCGCGGAACAUCUAGAGCAUUUCGUGUCUAAGCUCCCAGUGAUACAAGCCAGAGCACUUUGUGGGCGUUCAGCGCAAAAUUGUACCUGCAGAUGUCAAAACAUGUGAUUGUUCCACACUUAGGGCCAGAAAGGGCGA